AUGUUCCAGGACAUGAAAGCGGCUGAAUUGAACAGAAUUGACGUGAAUGUGGAGAAGUACAUGGAUCGAAUCUGGGAGCUCGCGCAUUCCGAAGAGUAUCAGAAAAUGGAUAAAUCGUUGUUGAAGGAUGCCAUUAAAAGAGACAGCAAGGAGCAGUUCAACGAGGUGACCAUGCCUCCGCUGUCUGAUGAUCCCGACGGUCAUUGUGGUUUCACAGAGUUAAAAAGCCACAAGCCGAACACUGAAAGACUAAAAUCCAGGCUAUAUCACAUUAGGCUUACCGAUGCUAUAAUGCGCUUUUGCGCUAAUCUUGCAAACCGCUAA